UUUCCGCAGGUUUGCAGACAAGUCCAGUUUGACGAAACACGUAAGAAGAAUUCAUUCGGGACAAGGUAAACCGACGAUACUCGUCUGAUUGCGAGUUUAGGGUUUCAGAUUUCAAGAUGCUGAUGAGAAAAUGUUUUCUUCCUCAUUCCACAGUGGUCCCAAUUCUUAUUUUAUUUAAUGUAUUAACGUUACUGUUAAUUGAUAUAAUAAUGAAUUAUCAUUUCUAUGGAGCGUUUUUGUUUUCUAAACGGAAUUUUAACGUGUACAAACUGAAAACGACAAAGCUGAAAUUGUGUGCACAGCCUAAAAUUGAAGUUCGUAGCUUAAACCAACCCAGAGACGUCAGGGUAAGUACGACGAGUAUCGAGUACCGUCGUCACCCCAAAACCAUUCUUCUAUGGACAAAAUAUUAUGGAGAGACUUAUUCCCAUGAUUACUACUACUUCGUAGAAGAAGGUAACACCACUUUCAAAAUGUACGGCUGCCCAUAUAGCGAUUGCAUCGUUACGACAAACAGGUCUUUGCUGAAAACUGCCCAUGCAGUUCUCUUCCAUCAGGCGGAUUUCCACCCCCGGGAUAUACCGAAAUCUCGAGAUAUCAAUCAGAAAUGGAUAUUUUAUCUUAUGGAAGCUCCUGGGAGAGAUUCAGUUUUCUGGCACACCAGAAAUAACCUGUUUAACUGGACUAUGAGCUACAGGAGCGAUUCGGACAUUCGAGUGAAGUACGGAGAAGUGUGCCAAUUACCAACAGAAGAAUGGGAAUACGUGGAUAAGGACUACUUGCAGAGUAAGAUCGGCGAAGUUGUGUGGUUCGUAAGCAAUUGCCAUACGUCGAACAAUAGAAUCGAUUACGUUGCAAAGUUGUCGGAACACAUCCAGGUUGAUAUAUACGGAAAUUGUGGCAAGAAGAAGUGCCAACCCAGCCAAUCGCCCGAGUGUUACGAUGAAAUCCUGAAGCAUUACAAAUUUUACUUGUCGUUUGAAAACUCUAAUUGCAAGGAUUACGUCACGGAAAAGUUAUUUAACGUGCUCAAUUACGACGUAAUUCCAGUAGUGAUGGGUUCGGCCGAUUACGAGUCCAUAGCUCCUCCACAUUUCGUAAUAAACGCCGUGGAUUUUCCGGAUCCGGUCAAUUUGGCCGAAUUUCUGAAGACUGUCGGCAGCGACGGAAGAUUGUACAAUUCUUAUUUCGAAUGGAAGGGAAAAUUCAAGAGUUAUUUGUACCCCUGGAUGUGCGAAUUGUGCAAAAAGUUGCAUUUUCAGGGAGGUGAAAGGACGGAAAGAAACUAUAUUUCCAAAUGGUGGCUUGAGGAAGCAGGUUGCAAGAAAUGGAAGCUCAAUAAAUUUCUAUAAAUAUUUGUGGUUCUAUUUUUAAAUAUUAAAUGAGAUAUAUUUGAAAAAAUAAGAAGAUAUUUUGGCAUUCUUGAUUAUUCUUCAGGAUUGUUUUAUUCGUAUUCGGUAACACGACACAUAGAUCUGCCUAGACGGUGCCUACUAUUACAGUUUAAUGGCACAAAUGUGUCGCCAGGUUCCGCAGAACACUGUCUGGCAGCUACCUCAUCUAAAUGGUGAGGCUGCAAAGUCAUGAAAUACAUGCAUAAUAUGAAAAUAGAUGUUAUGUGUUAUAUAGUGUGUAAAUAAAACAGUAACAUAAUAUAACGUCGUACAUGUAUUUUCCAGGACCUGUACAUCCGGUUUAACAACGAUAUGUCCGCUUCGAACAUGUCGAAGUUUCUGUAUACCUAUUUAAAGAGUUGCGGGAUUUAUCUUGUUUUGUGCAAUACACCUAGUGGUAUCACUUCUGGAAAUAUUGAUGUUGAAAACAAGUAAUACAUUGGCACUAAAUGGGGGUGUGGGGAUUGCCAUACGAACAUUACAUAGUGUAUUGGUUUUCAGGAUUUUACUAAUAUACUUAAAGGAAAAUUGUGUCUCCAACUUAAAAAGUCUAUUCAAAAUUUCUUGUUCACUGUUGACGAGAACCUUAUUGUUCUUGACAGAAGAAAUUUCUAAAGCGUUCAGUUUAUCUACAACACUUUGUUGAUUGGUUAGGAUAGCUUCUCCGCUUUUAUUUCAGGCAAUUUGAUUUAGUUUCUUCUCCGAUAGACAAUUACCAAGAAUAUUUACGAUUUUCUCCACACGUCCUAUAAUGUACUCAGAGUGCCUUUUGAUACCGAGCUUGGCACCAUCAUUCGACUCAAAGAACCCCUUGAUCUCAUCUAGUACCCGAUAAGCGGAAAGCCGAAGUCCUCCUAUAUCAAGGUGUUCAGAAUCCAUCGCGACAGUUAGAAAGUGGAGAAAGUUGCAGGAUUGAGGAAAAGAAAUAAAUUUUUUGGUACGCUUUGCUAGUUUUUUGCCCUCUGGGCGCUUUUCUUUUCCAUGCCCAUCAUGGGUUCGGCCACAUCCACAAUGGAGACGGCCUGGCAGUGAAACAAUGAGCCCAACGUUUCUGAUGAAGACCUUCCUUAAUUAAAAAUACU